AUGGAAAGGGAGUCACAGAAAACCAAUCAUUGGAUUGUGAGGCGCACAGGUGAAUAUGACAAUGAGGUGAGGCAUACUUCACUCAAUGGAGAAAAAUAUGUUGUCAACUUUUACAAGAAAGAAUGCUCAUGUAGACUAUGGAUGCUGACUAGACUUCCUUGCUGUCAAGCAAUGUCUUGCAUGAAGGAUCAACAUUUAGAGAUUGAUGAAUUUGUACCUGAAUGUUACAAGAAGGAACAAUAUGUUGUUUUCUAUGCACAUGUUAUAUAUCCACUUAAUGGGGAAGCCUUGUGGGCAAAAAUUAAUGUUGUUGAUCUUUAG